UAGCACCAUGCAAAUCUUCCACACAAAGAAACCUUGGAGGAGACAACACGUAGGGAGGGAUGGAAUUUUACGCCUAGACAGUAGAGAGGUGUGAAUUCUCCAGCUAUGAUUAGCAGCUUCUCCGGCGACGUCACCAUCUUCCCUCUUCCCCACUAUAUAAACUGCUCCUCCCCACAUCGCUUCCAUCCUCCCUCCAUCUCCCUCUCCGUCGAGAGCGCCAUUAGUACACCUAUUGUAGUUGCUAAUUUACUGACCUAACGCAAAGCACUCUCUGCUACUGUAUCACACGUCACCCGUGCCGUGCUCUAUCUUUUCACACAGGCCGCCAUAUCAGAGCAAGAAGAAGAAGAAGAAGAAGAAGAGAAGGCGGUUGUUUGAUUUCGGUUAUCGGAGAUGACGGUGACGCCGCAGAUCACGGUGAGCGACGGGAGGCUGACGGUGCGCGGCCGCACGGUGCUAUCCGGCGUGCCUGACAACGUCGCGGCGGCGCACGCUUCCGGGGCAGGGCUCGUCGAUGGGGCCUUCAUCGGCGCCACAGCCGGCGAGGCCAAGAGCCACCACGUCUUCACCUUCGGAACCCUCCGGGAUUGCCGGUUCAUGUGCGUGUUCCGGUUCAAGCUGUGGUGGAUGACGCAGCGGAUGGGCAACUCCGGCCGCGAGGUCCCGCUGGAGACCCAGUUCAUUAUCAUCGAGGUCCCCGUCGCCGCCGGCAACGGCGACGGCGACGGCGACAGUGGCGAGCCGGUGUACGUGGUGAUGCUACCACUGCUGGAGGGGCAGUUCCGCACGGCGCUCCAGGGCAACGACCAGGACCAGCUCCAGAUAUGCAUCGAUAGCGGGGACAAGGCGGUGCAGACUGAACAGGGGAUGCACAGCGUCUACAUCCACGCCGGCACCAAUCCGUUCGACACCAUCACCCAGGCGGUCAAGGCCGUAGAGAAGCACAUGCAGACGUUCCACCACAGGGACAAGAAAAAUCUGCCGUCAUUCGUGGACUGGUUCGGCUGGUGCACCUGGGACGCCUUCUACACCGACGUCACAGCCGACGGCGUCAAGCAGGGCCUCCGCAGCCUGGAGGAGGGCGGCGCGCCGCCGCGGUUCCUCAUCAUCGACGACGGCUGGCAGCAGAUCGGCAGCGAGGACAAGGAGGAGGAGGAGGGGGACCCUAGCGUCUCCGUCCAGGAAGGCGCCCAGUUCGCAAGCAGGCUCACGGGCAUCAAGGAGAACACCAAGUUCCAGAGCCACAAGCAGGAGGAGACCCCGGGGCUGAAGCAGCUGGUGGAAGAGGCCAAGAAGGGGCACGGCGUCAAGAGCGUCUACGUGUGGCAUGCCAUGGCCGGCUACUGGGGCGGGGUCACCCCGUCCGCGGCCGGGAUGGCGCGCUACGAGCCGGCUCUCGCGUACCCGGUGCAGUCGCCGGGCGUCACGGGCAACCAGCCGGACAUCGUCAUGGACUCGCUCUCCGUUCUCGGCCUCGGCCUCGUGCACCCGCGCAAGGCCCACACCUUCUACCACGACCUCCACGCCUACCUCGCCGCGUGCGGCGUCGACGGCGUCAAGGUGGACGUGCAGAACAUCAUCGAGACGCUCGGCGCCGGACACGGCGGCCGCGUCGCGCUCACCCACGCGUACCACCGCGCGCUCGAGGCGUCCGUCGCCAGGAACUUCCCGGACAACGGAUGCAUCUCCUGCAUGUGCCACAACACCGACACGCUCUACAGCGCAAAGCAGACCGCCGUCAUGCGCGCCUCCGACGACUUCUACCCGCGCGACCCGGCGUCGCACACCAUACACAUCUCCUCGGUGGCUUACAACACGCUAUUUCUCGGCGAGUUCAUGCACCCCGACUGGGACAUGUUCCAUAGCUUGCACCCGGCGGCCGAGUACCACGGCGCCGCAAGGGCGAUCGGCGGCUGCCCGAUUUACGUCAGCGACAAGCCGGGGAACCACAACUUCGACCUGCUCAAGAAGCUCGUGCUCCCCGACGGCUCUGUGCUUCGCGCGCAGCUCCCUGGCCGGCCCACGCGCGACUGCCUCUUCUCCGAUCCGGCGCGCGACGGCGCAAGCCUGCUCAAGAUAUGGAACGUCAACAAGUGCGCCGGCGUGGUGGGGGUGUUCAACUGCCAGGGCGCGGGGUGGUGCCGCGUCGUCAAGAAGACUCGCAUCCACGACGAGGCGCCCGGGACGCUCACCGGCUCGGUGCGCGCCGAGGACGUCGACGCCAUCGCCCUGGUCGCCGGCGGCGUUGACUGGGACGGCGAGGCCGUGCUGUACGCGCACCGGGCGGGGGUGCUGGUGCGGCUGCCCCGUGGCGCCAAGCUGCCGGUGACGCUCAAGACGCUCGAGUACGAGCUGUUCCACGUCUGCCCCGUCCGCGCCGUCGCGCGGGGCGUGUCGUUCGCGCCCAUCGGCCUGCUCGACAUGUUCAACGCCGGUGGCGCCGUCGAAGAAUGCACCGUCAACAGCGACGGCAAUGCCGGUGUGACGCUCAGUGUGCGGGGCUGUGGCCGGUUCGGCGCCUACUGCUCCCGGAGGCCGGUGAAAUGCUCCCUCGACUCGGAAGACGUGGAGUUCAGCUAUGACGCCGACAUGGGGCUCGUCACCAUCGACGUGCCGGUCCCGGAGCAGGAGAUGUACCGGUGGGCGCUGGAGAUUCAGGUCUAGGCUGCCGGUGAUGCCCGUGUCCAUAGGGUGGCUCGACCACUCUCAGCCGUAGGGCUGUUGCCAUUGGUGGUGCUUAGGAGAGACAAGAGAUCAUGCUUUGCUCUAUUAUCACUAUCGCCUAGUAUGCAAUAAUGUUACCGCAGCUGUAUUAUUUAGUAAUUUGGGGUAAUGGAUAUCUACACUACUUAAAAAGAAUGAACUUGUUUCGUAUUC